AUGUGCAGCGGCGUUGGGACAGCAGAGGCUGCGAGAGCCGUCCUCCAAGCAACAGUCAAUGAGAGCCCCGACACCAGACACCCAUUUCGCAUGGACAUACGAACAGAGAACAAUCCAAAGUGCAGGCAGAUCCUGGCAGACAACCAUGAGUGGUGCAACUUGGCAUCUGGGUGCAGCCACCCGAAGCCGCAUCUCUUCCAUGACAUUCUAUCCCUGAACUCCAACUAUGCUGCACUCCUGGGGCCUGCUGGGGGUGGGGCGAGCUUUGUCUCCAAGAAAAGAAGGAUUUGCCGAAGUGUGUUGGUGGAGGAGCAGCCUUGUAUGUGGCACUCUGAAGGAGGACUUGGCCACUGUUGCGUCCCGUACGCGGACUUUGGUUGCUCUGGCCUUCCUUGCACUGAUAUGUCCGUGGCAGGCAAGAGACUGGGUCAGGAGGGUCCGACAAGCCCGGUGUAUGUGACUCACGGCAAGUUCCUGUCGCGCAAGAAGAUUCCGCUUUUCGUGCUUGCUCUGGAUAUGGGUAUGGUCGAAGACACUCACGAGGACUACGACUUGUACCAGCUUUUCGUAACACCCCAAGAUUGUGGGCACGCAGGCACCGCCCGCGAGCGCACGUACGUGAUUGGGUCGCACAAGGAACUGACUUCCUGCAAGCAGGAUCCCUUCCAAAUGCUUGAGAAGUGCCGCCGCAAGAUGCGGACAGUGCGGACGCAACCCAAGGACUACCUGGUGGCUGAUCCUUGGGAAAUUACUUUGGAAGCCAUGACAGUCAUCAAUCGCCGCAAAAUCUCCUGGACUCCGAAUGCUAUGGGAGAGGUUGUGGACCUCCGAGGUUUGUUGACUACCAGGGAGCAAGCAGCACUUCAUGAGUAUGAGGCCGAAUAUAGGAGACGCUAUGCUAAGGACCCCAGGGCUGACAAAAACUUGGUGCUGUUCUUGGGAGACAACCCCUCCUACUCCUUGAACUGGAGCGCCGUGAGCAAGCGUGUGCCCACACUGAGAAUGAAUUCGAGAACUGGCUUGUUGUGGGUGCCUUCUCGGAACCGGUGGUUGGUGGCCCGCGAGCGGCUGGCCACCCUGGGGUGGCCUGUGACUUUGGACAUGGCUUCAGGGAUGGGGGCACCGCUGGUGGAGGCCAGCGAUUAUCUGAGGGCAGCAGAAUUGGCAGGGAAUGCCAUGAGCCUUCCCUGUGUCGGUCUCGCCCAGCUCUUGGCACUGGCAUGUUUUGCACCGAUGGCUGCUCAGACUAUGUAG